AUGUGUGCAUUCUUGAUAGAUGUUGACGAACAGAUGUGGAUGGUAGUCGAAGAUGGAUGGAAGUGUCCAACCUUUGUUGAAGAUGAGGUUGCUAAGCCUAAACAAAUGGGUCUAUGGACUCCAGAGGAGAUGGAAAGGGCCAACUUUAACUCAAAGGCUAUGCACACUCUCUUUAAUGUAGUUUCUAAAAAUCAGCUGAAAGUUAUAGCCAACUGUAAAAUUGCCAAAGAAGCUUGGGAGAAACUAAGAAUAAAAAACGAAGGAACUAAUCAUGUAAAGAAGUCCAGAUUGAGAGCUUUGGCAAAAGCCUUUGAAAAUCUGUCUAUGGAGGAGGAAGAAACUGUAGCGGAGUUCCAUGCCAAAUUGUGCGAUAUCUCAAAUAAAUCUUAUGCACUGGGAAAGACUUACUCAAACGCAAAACUGGUUCACAAGGUGCUAGGAGUUCUGCCUCGAAAGUUCAUGUCAAAAGUUACCUCUAUAGAAGAAAUGAGAAAUGUAGAGGAACUUGAUCUUGAUGAGUUAAUUGGGUCAUUGCAGAACUAUGAAAUGACUCUCACACGGUGGAAGAAAGGCAAGAAGCAGAAAGAUUCUGAAAUAGAAGAAGCUGAUAACAGUCUUGCAUUUGUGCAUAAGGAGGAAAAGAAGUCGAUCUCAGAUGCAUCUGAUGGAUUCACUGAUGAGACUCUUGCUUUGCUGACCAAGAAUUAUGCAAAAUUCUUGAAAAGGAAUUACAAGAAAAACUUUACAGGAGGAAAAGAGAAUGUUCCCAGAAGAAACUUUGGUGGAAACAAUAAGCAAACCCAGCAGUCUGGUGACAAGAAAAAUAGGGGAAUACAGUGCCGAGAAUGUGACGGUUUCAGACAUAUUCAAGCUGAGUAUGCCAACACUUUUAAGAAGAAGAAAGCCUUAGUUGCUACCUGGAGUGAUAGUGAUGAAGAAAAGAGCUCUAGCUCAAGUGAUAGGUCUAGUGAAGAGAAACAGGUUGUGGCAUUUAUGGCAAAGAAUUUAAUAAGGGCUAAACAGGCUCUUGAGUUUAUCCCUCCAGGAACUACAGCAAUAAACCACACCUUGCAACUUCAAAAACCAUACGGAGAUAGAACAUCCAUUGGCUACAAAAUGCUUUACAAGAGAGGGGGAAAUUUGGGAAUUAAUGAUUCCUCUUCGUCCAAGAACAAUGAAGACAAGACUCUUGAUGACUCAUUGCACAAUACUCUCAGCCCUGGUUUCCCAGAUCCCUCUAAACAGGUUCAGAAGGAAAGGUUUGUUCCCAUUUGUCACUUCUACAACAGAAGAGGACAUAUUAGACCCAGAUUCUACAAGUUGCAGACGUAUUUGAAAGCUAUGAUCGAUCGUCCAAAUAACUUUCAACAACUAAAUCGAUUUAAUGGGAAGUUGUCGUAUAGUGAGUGGAAACCAAAAACUAAUCUUAGCACGAAUGUUGGAUUAGCUGCUCACACCUCUCUUUCAGCUUUUCACAAAGAUCAAUGUUACUUUGACAGUGGAUGUUCACGACAUAUGACCGGCAACAGAAAUGUGUUGGUGAACUAUAAAAAAGGAAAGGAGGGAGAUGUGACCUUUUGUGAUGGGAACAAGGGUCAGAUCUUUGGAAAAGGUGAUCAGGAGCUAAAUAGAGUAGCUCCAUUGACUGAGGAGUUGUAUGUUAAAGGUCUCAAGGAAAACCUUAUUAGCAUCAGCCAACUCUGCGAUAAUGACAACACUAAUGAAAGUCUAAGUGGUAAACGAUUUGUCAUGGUUCUUGUUGAUGAUUACUCUAGGUACACUUGGGUAGAUUUCCUCAAAGAAAAGUCAGACACCUUUGGACUCUUCUUAGCCUUGGUUCUCAGACUCCAAAAUGAAAAGGAAUCUAAGAUUGGGAAAGUCUAUCAGCUUCAAAGUGACCAUGGAAAGGAGUUUGAGAACACUGUGUUCUCAGAUUUUUGCGAUCAGUUGGGGAUAAAACAUGAGUUUUCAACUCCAAAAUCAACUCAAUAG